CUUACAAUUCAAUUUACCCAAGAAGGAACGAAGGACAACAGCAAAUUAAAGUUGAAACCCGCCGUUGACGAACCGCUGGCGGGAUAUAAUAUUUACUUUCGCAGAGGUCCGGAGUUGUCCAAGCUACAUCCGUAUUUUAUAUUUUGAGUGUAUUUUUUGGCGCGGAGUUUUAUACAACUUUCAGCAUCACUUGGAUGUCCUUAAUUGAUUUUUAUUAUACCCCGAUCCCUGCGUAACAACAACAACACCCCAAUAGCAUGGUGCGACCCCUCAGUGAUCCGAUAUAACAUUGAUGGAGGGAAGGACUCGGCGAUAUGUCUCAAUCAACGGCGGAUAUCCCACAUUGGCCGCCGAGGUCUCCAAUGGAUGCGCUCAAAAGCACCCCAGGUGGGCGAGAACGCCUUCGUCGGCUUGCGGAACGAACAUCACCUUCGCCAUCCCCCUCGAAACGAGAUAGACAAACUCCUUCACGAAACCGACAAUAUGGCGCAGCAGCCCUUGCGACGGCGUCGGCCGACUUAAACGAUGAUGACGACGAAGACGAGGACGAGGAGACGUUGCAACUGAAAUUGCAAGAGAUACAAGCGCGACUAAAGCUUAAGAAGCUGCAGAAAGCAAAGGCCGGGGGUGGGGAUGCCAUCGCGUUGGCUAUACCGAGGUCUGGGACGGUGCCGAAUUUACGAGCGAAUUCCUCAGCAGCAGUCCACGGACGAUCGAAUAUAUCUGGACUUCGCGAAGAGAGGCAAGAGAGGGCUAGGUCGCAGGCUAGCAUUCAUGUGCCCGUGUCGCCGGUCCGAAAACUCCAAGCACCGGAGCCUACAAGGUCGCCUAGUAGGGUUCUCCUGGGGAUUGACAAAGGGCUCCGAGGCUGCGAUGUAUCCUUGAAGAGGCCACCACCCAGUCUCCGCAAACCGACGGAUGCGCUGAUGGAGAAUGUAAAGCGUGCUGGUGGCUAUUUACAGAGAUCCAAGUCACCUAUGGCUAACCAAGAUCCGUUUGCUCCAGUGCCCUCAACGUCUCAAUCUCAGAGCAGGCCUGCCACGUCUUUCAGUGAGCGUAUGGCCAAAGUUAGAGACCAAGAAACCACCCAGAAAGAAACAGAUGCAAGGCUCAAGAGGCUCCGGAGCAGGGCCUUUGAUAUCGAUGCGAGGCAAAUGGAGGACUUUAAGUCUGCCGCAGUUCCAUUGCCGGAAGUGCGACCACAAGUGCCAGAGUUCAGCAGAGACCAGGUAUUGAGCGGGUUGCAGGGCCCUGGUGGUGGCACAUUACACAAAAGUAAAAGCACAAGCUACCUGAAUUCGACGUCAAGGAAUGUCAGUGGAUCGACUGCUUCGACACUUGCACACUCUACAGACUCGCAACCUUCUUCUCAACUUGGGCCUAAAUCUUCCGCCUCAUCAAUUCAAUCGAUACCUGGGGGCUCACAAACCGAUCUAGUCGAAUUUGAGUCAUUCUCCUCCCUCCACUUGUCAAAACGGAUCAUUCCCCAUAACGUCCUCUCUCGGACAUUAGCGGGCAAGAAAAUAUUCACGCUUCCUGAUCUCCUCCGAGAUGUUAAGGCGCCGGAUUUUCGAUUACCUGAGAUAGAGGAAGACAUCGUCGUUCUCGCCAUCCUUGCUUCUAAAUCCGAUCCAAAACCUCAGAAAAAUGGAGCUACUAAAGGCCAGAAAUUCAUGAUCCAGUGUCUCUGCGAUCUGAAGUGGGAGGUGGAUCUGUUCCUUUUUGAUACAGGCUUCCAAAAAUACUGGAAACUCACCACAGGCACAGUGGUUGCUAUACUCAACCCGACCAUCAUGAAACCCGUGAAGACAGACACAGGGCGAUUUAGUCUAGUCAUCAACUCGAGUGACGACACAAUCUUAGAAAUUGGCACAGCAAGAGACUUGGGAUACUGCAAGUCAAUCAAGAAAGACGGCAAUGCAUGCAGCACCUGGGUUGACAAACGUCGCACCGAGUAUUGCGAAUAUCACGUUAAUGAAACUCUCAAAAGGACUAAAGCCUCCCGAAUGGAGGUGAGCACCAUGGACUUCGACUCCAAAGCUGGUAAAAGGGGUGGUCGCCGUAAUAACGAGAUAUAUAAUCACGCAGAACGCCGAUCAGAACUUCUGAAGAAAAACCAAAACCAAGGUGUUGCAUAUGAUAGAGGUACCCAGUCAACAAUGUAUGUACAUAGGGGAGAUGUUCGCUUUGAAGGAGAAGCAGGCGAAAAGAUGCAAAAAGCACAGAGGAUGAGGCAAAGAUUGGCAGAGAAAGAGAAGGAGCGGGAUCUGCAAAAACAAUUGGCAGAUUUGGGCGGCGGGUUAGGCGCAGAAUAUAUGCGUGUUGGAUCCGGCUCCCAGCAAUCGCAACGGCAGGAGAGCGAAGCUGAUUUGUGGCAGCCAGAGGCUCGCCCUGACGCGAAGCAGCUUGGGCUUCUAGGCGGGAAGGCUAGCGACAUGAGUCUGGGCCCGGUGAAGCGGAAGAGGACAGGGACUGAUUCUACAAGUUCUAGUGCCCCAGCAAUGGGGUGGGGAGGGCAUCUUACGAAAGAGCUGGGACGGAUGAAGGAUGGAGAGAGAUUGCAGCCUGUGAAGAAGAAGACGCGUUUUGUGACUGCGAAGGGGAUCAGGGAAGCUGGGAGGGAGAGCUUUGGGGGGGAUGCGGCGAAGGUUCUGUUCGAUGAUAAUGAUGACGACGAUGAUGAUCUCGAAAUUAUCAAGUAGCGAGCGUUGUGUGUGAGUUAGGUAUAAAUUCUAAUCGAGGAAACUCUUUCUUGAUUGUUCGCGUGCGGCUUCAAAUAACAGCCCCUGAAUCAAAA